AUGACUCCAGCUUCCAUAACCAAAGGCCUAUUUUAUGAUCCAUCCACAUCUCUGGACCUUUCCUACAAUGCUCAAUUUCCAAAGACUCAUCUAUAUUUUAUAAAGCAUGCUGGAUAUUUGGAAAAUGGCCUUGCACAAAUGUUUCCUUUAACACUGUACAAAGGAUACCAAGCACAGCUUGCUUCUUGUGAGACUGUGCACCAGCACAUGCUGGCUACUGCAUGGGAAAUUGAAGAAGCUAAGUGCUUCAUCAUGUUCCCCAAUGCCAUGCACACUGAUAAUGAAGACUGGCUCAAAUUUAUGGAUGAUCAGUUACAUAGCUUUAGGAGCCUUUUUUCUGAGCAUGACUACACAGACAUUAAUAAUGAUCAAGACUACCUUCAAGCAGUCUAUGAAGAUAAACACAAAAUUCUCAAGGUAAUCUCAUACCAAGCUGAGCAUGUGGUGAGGGUUUUAGGCUCACAUUUUGGCAAAACUUUCCAAUCUGAAGUUGGAGCAUCCAGAUUCUCCCCAUCACAACCUGGGGUUAUUGAUGAUGAAGAUGACAGUAUUAGCAGGGCAUCUAUGAAAUCCAAAGCUGAUGGAUCCAGAUCCCCCACUGGCAGUGGGGUUCUUGAUGACGAAGAUGAUCCCAAAUAUCUAGGAACUUAUGCAGACUAUACCACAAGCCUUGGCAUUUGUCCCAAAGCCUCAUGCAGUGCUGCAAUGUGA